GGGUGCGUGUUCCUCGAUUACGAGUAUGUGACUAACCACAUACCCAAAUAUCUCGUCCGUUCGCACAAGUACAGCUUCUUCGACACUCUUCGGUAACCGCGAGCGGUAGCGCUGAAGCCUAGAGCAACGUGUUAAAGCCCUUUCACGUACCCACUGGCAGGCAAGUAUAUCGCUAGGCGACCGCAAGUGCCUUGAUGGGCUUUGUCAAAAAUACGUACGGCAGUCCGUGGUCUCCUUCCGGCGUGGACACAACGUCCUUCCCCAUCUCCGUACAGACGUUCACCAUCCCAGCGACGCCUCCCGUGCGUCAGCCGUCAGCGACAUCCAUACGCCGACAGGCGUCCAAAACUCACACCGCAGCUGGCAGGACUCCAUUGGCGUCCGUGCGAUGGACGCGCGAGCAUUGCGGCUCCGAGAGCUACGCCCGUAUAUGGAGAUUGAUCCCCCGGUCUAAGAUGCACUGGACGCGGCGGCCGGGCUCGCUAUAGAAGUUUGGAUCUUAACCUUGUCAAGAGAUCUGUACCGUGGCUGCCAGUGAGCAGCCACGCAUGGACCUUGUACAAACCUUCAAGUUGUAUUGGUGAAGAUGGCCGUCCAUGGAUUCUCGAGCACACUAACCCAACGCUGGCCGGCGUACAUCCGGGGUCGUCAUUCCGGUUACUCUACCGGUCUCGUCCCAGGCUUUGAAUCUCCGGGGCGCAAAAACAGCAAC